GAACGCAACGCAGCAAUGGCUGGCCGUUAUGGCUGGCCUAUCGAUCGUCGCAGACAGUACGCGCCCGGCCGCGGAGCGCAACACCCGUGCAAAUAGUUCGCGUUUCGUGUCACGCAGACUAACCCUACGUCUACACACGAUCUGCGAGACGGUGGAAACGCGUGUUCAGUUUUAAAAAGUUGAGCAUACAGUAAAACAAAAUGGCGGCGUUCGUGGCCAAGCAGAUGGUGGGCAACAAGUUAAGCGCCGUCAAAGGCGCGGUCGGUGGCGACGGAGAUGACAGCGACGACAAGGAGAAGGAAGAGGAGGCGGAACGCGAACGACAGGAGGCCAUCCGCGAGGCGGAGGAGCGGCGCAAGGAGAAACACCGCAAGAUGGAGGAGGAGAGAGAGAAGAUGCGUCAGGAGAUAAGGGAUAAGUACAAAAUCCCCAAGAAAGAGGAAGUGGUGGAACAACAGCAACAGGAGCCCGACAAUCCCCUCAUGAGGAAGAAGAAGACGCCCGAGGAGCUCGCGGCCGAGGCGGAGCUAGAAGACCAGGAUGAAUUUACUAAAUUGAAAAACACCAUUGAAACGCAAGUUAACGAACUAAAAUCGCAGAUCGAGAGUAAGUGCGUGAUGCAGUGAGCGCACAGCGCUGGCGCCGGCGACAAGAUGGCUGCCGUUGCAAAAUGGCCGCCACCACAAAAUGGCCGCCACAUGGCGCCACGUUUAUUAUUAUAUUAACCGAAUACAUGAUGUAGCUGUGCUAAGGUCACUGUUACGAUGUUUCACCCAAACACAUCUCCAUCCCGCCCAGGACGAUUUCGUUCGGAUAAUCAUUCGCGCUCAAAUUCGUAGGAGAGAUUCGAAUUCUAAAUUUUUUCGGAACGUAGUUUGCUAGAGGCGCGUUGGUGCUUGAUAAUAAGCAAUAAUAUUUUUAUACAUUCAUAAAAGUUAAUGUGAGCCCUCGAUCAACCGAUAUGUAUUUAAAGCGCGUUCCAGCAAGGUCAAAAAGUCAUUGCCGCAGCGGCGCUCGUGCGUAAGCGUGCGUGCCGUGCGUGAUCCGUGCGUGCGUGCGCGUGCACGCACCGCGUCGCGGCGGCUCGUGUGAAAUGUGAAACAUACCAGUUUUAUAUGUUGACGCUUGUGAUAUAUUGUUAUUUAAGUGUAAAGAGGAAAUAAUAUAAAUACAACUAGACGAAACGGUGUAUUAUUAUUAAAGAGGGAAAUAUGUAAUAUAGGAAGACUUAGCACGCGUGUAGUUGUUUCAAUACUCGACUGUGUUUACGAUACUUCUCUCUCUCUGCCAGCGGCUACAUUGAAAUAACAAUGUAUUAGUUCUUUACGAAUAUUUGUUUCAUCCAAAUUCCCCGGCCUCUGUCGGUCCGCUCCUUCGCGACUUCAACUAUUGCCUCGACUCUCUUGCAUGCGUGCUUUUGCAGUGUUACUCGGUGUUGUGUCUGUGUAAUCAGUUUAGGUGUACCUGUAACCGACCUAGCCUUAUUGUCCACAUCGAACAUAUAAUAGGAACCGCGCGGAUCGCCGCCCUUGUCCAUUUUGUUCUGCAUGCCUUUAAUAUAAGAUCGAUGUUCGUUUAGAGUAAUGUAAAGUUGUAGAUAUCAGAGACCUACAUAUCGCGUUUACGUUCACGCACGCGACGGUCGAAUCUAAUGUUUUAUCGAUGUUUUAAUGCUUAGGGAUAUAAUGUUACGUAGUGAGAGCGAAUUCUUCGAGCGAUCUUGCCCUUUGGUGCGACAGUUUGAACACUUUGUAUGGCGAAGUAGGACCGAGAAGGACACAGAGCCGGUUGUUCGGAUAAUUAUCUCCACGUAUAACGCUGCAAAUGCAAAAGAUUUGUUAUCGUCAAAAGCUGUGAUAUAUAAAUAAUAAACAAACGCUAGGCCGGCGCCGAGCGAAACACUUGUCUGGUAAUAGAUUCUUCGACUAUCACGCAUACCGGUCUCUCUUCUAGGACUGUGAUCUCUUCGCAUUCGAUCAGCACAUCAUGUAUUUCCACUAAAACAGCGUUCAUCCGUUCUAUAACAUCACGCUUUAGAUCUAAACUAUCAUUUCUUUCUACUUCCUUUCUGCGUUUCCUUUAAGUACCUAUCUAUACUGUAUUCUGGUCAAUUAUAUCCUACCUUCAAUAUCUAUUGCGAAAUCAGAAAUAUUAUUCAAUAUACACACACAUGUAAAUAUUAAAAUACAACAAUAAUUUCUGAUUAUUUAUCGAGAAUGCUACUCUAUUUUCUGAUGUAUAAGAAUCAAUAUUUUCUCGCACUCUACUGCACACAUAUGUAUAUUUUCAUAGCUUGUUUCGAUAGGACCUAAUUUCGAGCACGCAUAGCCAUAGCUCUUGCAACAUGAAUAUGAAACCACAUUAUUAUGUCCCGAUACAUUGAUCUCUCGGACAAUUGAUGGGCAUCGCUUCUCUGAGCUCCCGUCCAAUCUUGCAAACAUCACUCUCUUAAAACUAAGGUAUAUCUUUGUAUUUCACGUUGUAUGUGUGACUAGCUUAGGUUUAUCAUCGGAUGUGAGAUUUUUCGGACCAAAUUAAAUGACAGGUAAGAAGUUCUUAUGUCGAUGAUUUUAUGAACUCUCUGCCGUCAUUUAGUUUUGCCCCUAAAAUCCAAUGUCUGUUAAUCAUAUUACAACAGAUAGUUCUAUGUAUGUGCAUGGCAAUCAUAGUUAAAGGUUGUUUGUAGCUAUUCGGAAUAAACAAUAAUAGAUAUAAGAUUCAGUCGGACCUGUCGAUUUUGAUAUCAUUUUGACACGACCAAUGUUCCAAAGUUCACCUCUGAGCUCUCCUUGUAUCUUAAUGUUAGUUGCCACUUCUAUAUCAAGAAGCUAUCGAGUAUAUAUACCUAUAUAUAUAGUUCCCUUGUCUGUGCGUCUAUCUUCGAUCUAAUAGUAGGUAGUUUCUAGCCUGUGCUCUUCGUUGUUGAUUCCCGUUUAAUGUAGUAAUAGUGCUAGCAGAAGGAUUAUUUUGGUACGUAGACUUGACUAUCGCUACUGUCACUAAUGUAAAACUAUAAAAGACAAAUCAAAUUAUUUUCAAUUAUGAUUUGUGCUGUUUUAAUAAUAGAUUGCAUAUGCUGAGGAAAUUGGGACGGGUACUGAGCUGAAUGGCCUAGGAGUUAUUACGGAUACUAACGAUGAAGAUGCUACAAGUUCGAUACUAGCCUUGCAUAGUCGGACCACGCUAAGUUUUCCUGCCAAGUGCUACGUCAAGUAUGGCACUUCUAUGAGAUAUUUAUCAUGGUUGCUAUUUAGAAGGUCACUUUUUCUUUAGUAUAUGCCAUCUAUUUCAGUUAAAUUAGGUCUGACGCGACUUGCAUGAAGAAAAUAGUUAAGUGUGAGCUCUUAACGUGUGAAUCAGUGUCGUUCUCUCUUCAAUUCGUCUUUUAUUUUCUCUUUUUUUUAUAAAAAAUAUAUUAUAUUAGGAAUAUUAAAACCGGUCACUCACGUAAGUUAAUAAUUGCUCGACAUGUUUCGCUUCACAACGAGAUUCUUUAACGGCCCGCAGUCUUCGUCGGUCCGCCAACGCAUGCUCCCGUUGAAGAAUGCGAAACAUUUUGAGCAACUAUAGCCUGAGUGACAUGUUUUAAUAUAUCUAAUAUGUCUGUGUGUCACGGAAGUUUUGGUUUUUAAAAUAAAUUAUUAUAUUUAACGCUGCGGCUAUCUGUGUGUCUGUAUAAGCUUUCGAUGUUCAAUGUAUAGUUUAUUGUAAUUAGAUUAUAUGCUUAACUGCGCAUAUUGUAAAGGAAUUUGGGUGAUAUCAAAUGGUUGUUGCAUUACAAGUACAAUACGAGGUACCAAGUUAUUGCAUAAGGUUACAGCGGCGAGGUUAUAUAUAUUUAGACCAGGGCCAACCUGGCCUAAAAUACCUUCUAUACUGUACAUCACUGCAUCGAACAUGUCUUUCCCACUGUCUUUCAAAUCGUAGUAAAUAAAUAAACUUACAUACAGAUUGAUUGCACACUCACAGAUAAAACUUAUACCAACUCUUUUCUUUUAUAUUAAAAAAUAUAGUGCAUUUAUAAAGAGGUUUAUACAAGGUAGAUGUGUAGUUUAGUCAUAAUUGUACGUUAUUUAUUAAAAAACAAAUUCCUUUUCACGCAUUUAGCUACGUUUUAGGCCCAGGAUUCUGACCAACUAUAGAUUUUCUCAGCGAUCAGUUGAUAGAUUGAUUGAUCUUAUGACUUUCGUACUCAGGGUAAAAUAUAUAUUUACUAUGAAUAAUUAUUGUUGUCUAUUUAUAUAUGUUUUUUUAGAUGAUUUAGGUGGGAGUGACUUUUUGGCCUGCAUAGGCUUCCUGUCCUUAAAAGUGAUAGUUUUUCUUGAAUUUAUUAAUGUUCCUUGCCCUGUAUAGGGUGAAUCUUUCACUGUUGUUCUUUCCUUAGAGGAGUUAUGAAAUGGUAGACUUAUACAAUUUAAUACAAACCUUGUUAACAAUUUAUUGAUAAAUGAACAUAAUUAUUAUAGUUGCGAGUAGAUUAGGAUCUGCCACGGGUAUAGACACAUUUAUAACAUUUCACUGUUACUUCGUAUACCCUGCCCAUUGUAUUAAAGCCAAAGACCUUGUUUCAACAUAAAAAAAAUUACUAUUUUAAAUGGCUGGCUACUUUGGACGGAGUAUAUUUUAAUAUUUUAGCGUGUUUUCCUUCGUAGUCUUCUAUCUCAACACACUCUAGUUAAAAUGUUACAAAUGUGUCACCUCUUUGAACACUUAGGAUCCGGUUGUUUAGUCAUUUGAAAAAUGCCAUUAUAUACCAUAGACUAAAGAUUAUUCAAAUGAAGACUCAAUCGGCAGCAUUCUGCGUGUCUAUGAACUGUAAUUUCCCUUCUAACGUACGUCUUUACUAGCACAUUAAAAUGUUCCUUUUAUAAAAUUAUUUACUUUUUUAACAAUUAUGGCCUGGACGCGAGUCCUUUAAACCAAGUUUUUGUAUUGAAUUCAUUAUUUAAAAGAGACAUUUUUAUGUCGGUAAAUGCUACGCUAAAGGUACGGUAUGCAGUCCUGGACACCAAAGACAAAUAGUAAUAGAUGAAUUUAGAGACAACGACACAAUCGAACACACACGAGAGCUUCGACACACGCCAAUUUUACUUUAUCAUAGAUAUAUAAUUACGUUAUGUUCUGACGUUACUCGCAGUAUAGAGAGAAUUUUUAAAAGCAAAGAACUGACUGUUAAAGUGCCACACACAUUUUGCGCUUGUUUCUUUUUUCUCUAUAUUGUUCUUUUUUUUCAGGUCAUAAAAUAAGGCACAGGGAAAUGGGAGGAUGGAUUAAACUGCCACAGCGAAAGCUGAUAAAUGUCUGUAUAACUAAAUUUUGUCCGUCUGUUUCCCUACGCUCUUGUUAUUUUUAGAAUAGUUAUUAUUGGCCAAGAUCACUGAUAGAAGGUUAGUUUUUAAUAUUAGUGACAACUAGUGUUAAAUCGCAAGUUAACCGUAAAAAAAGUGUAAAGACAAAAAAAAUCUUUGAUCGACCACUUCGCGUGGUCUGGCAUGUUGUAUUGUUAUAAAACGAUUAACGAAGGUUAGUAGAUUACAUUAAACUUAGGAUUUAUGGAUGAAAAACGAAAAAAGGGGUUAAUAAUAUUGUUGAAAAUGUUUUUAGGUAAUUGAUAAUUGGAUUGAGCUUUUGUGAAACCGCGUUGUUGAGAAUAAUUUUGGUUUCGUUUGCAAUUGGCUGUACAAACCGCCAAUCGGUAAUCGUCUCUAUCGUUAAAGGGAUACGGUUUAGUUUCACGGUUCACGUAGUGUAGGCUUCGCCUUUUUGUGUCCCAUGCUGUUAUGUUUCAGAGGUCCCAUUAUUAGUUAUGUAUAAAGUUUAGAGGUAGGGGUUUUCAGCUGCCGCGGGCGACUGAAAAUGUUCUACCUAACAUGUUGUUAAAUAAUAAAUAACUACAUUGUACCACCA